AUUAAAAUUGUCUUAAUAAGUGCAUAAACAAAAUCAAAUACCAAGUCAGAGACGCCACAACAACCAUACAAGUGGACUAAACAAUAAUACAUUCUCGAUGAUAUCUCCUUGCCAAUAAUUUGAGCGAAGUUUCCCACGACGUUAAAGACAACAGAAUGUUAAGAGAGGAGGCCUUCUUCGAGAUAACCAAAAAGUAAAAACAAAUGAGUGAAGAAAGCACAAGAAUCAUUUCAUAUUUCCCAAUCUUUGUCCAAUUCAACAAAGUCCAUUCCCAUUGAUUAAAAAAAAAAUCCUUUCUCACGAUACCAUGCCUUAUUAUAUUGAAUCCCACCACAACCAGCAACAGCUAACUACUCCAACAAGAACAACAAAAGAAGAGGAAAAACAAGGAAUUCCUGUUCUUCUUGUUGUCCAUCUCCUCAUCCUUGAUGGGUUCUCAGGUCUCGAAGCAGGUUGAGAGACGAAAGGCAAUCCACACAGAGAAAAAAAUUCUGUCUGAUCUGAGAAACUCCGGCGAAGACUACCCUGGCUCAGAUUACCAUCCCUCGGACAGAAAAAACUGGAUGUCAGAACUGACCCCAGAGAAAGUUGAGAUAAGAAAGAUUGUUUGGCCUGGAACACAUGAUUCUGCGACCAACAAGAUUGGCAUCCCAUGCAUCACUCGCCCUUUUGCUCAAUGUCAAUCCUUGUCCAUCUACCAACAACUCGUGAUGGGGACAAGACUGGUUGACAUUCGGGUGCAGGAGGAUCGCAGAGUCUGCCACGGUGUCCUCCUCACUUACAGCAUCGACGUUGUCAUCAAAGAUGUCAAGAAGUUCUUAUCAGAAACUCAGUCCGAGAUCAUCAUCCUUGAGGUUAGAACCGAGUUUGGGCACGAGGACCCUCCUGAAUUCGACAACUACCUGGAGGAACAACUAGGAGAUUACCUAAUUCCCCAGGAUGAUAAAGUUUUUGAAAAGACCAUAGCAGAGGUGCUACCAAAGAGAGUUAUAUGCGUUUGGAAGCCAAGUAAAACGCCACAGCCUAAGGCAGGGAGUCCUUUGUGGAGUGCAGGGCAGUUGAGGGAUAACUGGAUCAACACUGAUUUGCCAUCAACAAAGUUUGAGAGCAACAUGAAGCAUCUGAGCGAACAGCAACCUGUUACGUCCCGAAAAUACUUCUACAGAGUGGAGAACACCGUUACACCGGUGGCGGAUAACCCCGUCCUGUGUGUGAAGCCUGUCACUAGACGCAUUCAUGGCUAUGCCAGGCUCUUCAUCAGUCAGUGCUUCGCCAAAGGGUGUGCAGAUAGACUUCAGGUUUUUUCCACGGAUUUCAUUGACAAGGAUUUCGUUGAUGCAUGCGUUGGACUCACACGUGCCAGGGUUGAGGCUAGAGCUUGAAACCUCCAUUUGCUACUUUCUUUUUCUUCUUCUUGCUUUUGUCUGCUUUCUGUAUCUGGAUCAUGGUUGAUAGGGCUACCACCUAUUAGAAUUUUUUUUUUAAUUUUUUUUUAGAAGGCAUUGCAUAUUUGGUGGAAACUUCUGAUAUGGAAAUAAACAAUAGUUUGUGCUACGGUGUAGUGUGAAUGCAAAUACGAAUGGUUUUAAUUUUA